GGCGUGGGGAAGGGUUCUUUCAAUUCACUUGUUUCAGAGCUUUUGGUUUUAUUUUUUUUGCUCUUCCCUAUUUCGACUCCACUGAGAUCUGUCUUCUUCUCCCCUUCUCAUCCGACUUGAAAGAUUUUUAAGGCUUACUAUUCUGCACAGUGCAUACUACGUUAUUCAAGCAAAUCCAAUUCACCUGUUAAAUAAGGUAUCUCUGCCUCGCCCUUCUCUUUUCCCCUUUCUCUCUUAAUUUUCCUCUGAGAAUCGAAGCCUUUUCGGGUUGGUGCCAACCCAGAUCAUUGUGGGCUGGUUUUGUUGAUUCAAUCCUUUUGGGUUGAUUCGCAGGUUUGGAUUAGGUUUUUCUGAUUUCUAUCGAUUUGGCUGCCAUUUAACUGUGAAAUUGGAGUUGAAAAGAAAAUUUUCUGUGUCACUGAAGCCUUCUUCUCUCACAAUCCCGAACCUUGUGAUUGCGUGGCGAAAAGCCGUGAGUGCAAGUUGAUUUAUUUAACUGCAAAUGGCUGGUAGAGCUCAAAUUCCCACUAACAGCUCAGCACUCAUUGCUAUGAUUGCUGAUGAGGACACUGUGACUGGCUUUUUGCUUGCUGGUGUGGGUAAUGUUGACUUGCGGAGAAAGACGAACUAUCUUAUUGUUGAUUCAAAAACGACGGUAAAAGCAAUUGAAGAUGCAUUCAAAGAAUUCACCACGAAGGACGACAUUGCUAUUGUCUUGAUCAGCCAAUAUGUUGCGAACAUGAUACGGUUCUUAGUUGAUAGCUACAAUAAGCCAGUUCCUGCAAUUCUGGAGAUCCCCUCAAAGGACCACCCUUAUGAUCCUGCUCACGACUCCAUUCUUUCACGAGUGAAGCACCUCUUCUCCGCUGAAUCGGUCGCAUCUGGAAGGCGUUGACUCUGUCACGGUGCUGCUUCUGUGCAAAUCACUGUAUUGGGUGUUUCAUACCUUUCCUCUCUGUGGUUUGCUGUCGCACUCUUAGAUUUCUCUUGUGCCAAAUGCAACAGGAUUUUAUUUUUCAUAAUUAUUUCAAUAAUUUUGUGAAAAUGGAGGAAGACUAGCAUGUUUUCACUA